UGCACUGUCUGCAGUGACUCGAUUCACAUAGCAGAUAUUCCAUUGUUAUCGGGAUGUUCGCAUCAAGCUGCAACAUGUGUUGAGUGCUUCGCACGCUGGAUCGAAUCCCAGUUGACAACACAGGGUUGGAAAGGGAUAAAAUGCCCGGAUGUCUCGUGCAGUGUUAUACUCACUCACCACGAUGUGCAAGCCUAUGCAACUCCAGAGGUUUUUUCCCAAUACGAUAUGUUUUCCAUGAGGGAUGCGCUGGGUCAAGUUUCCAAUUUCAGAUGGUGUCGCAACCCAGCAUGCACUUCUGGGCAGGAACAUGACGACGACGGAUACAUAUUUACGUGCGUCGCCUGCGGUCAUAAAGCCUGUGUUACGCAUGAUGUUAAUUGGCACGAAGGCGAAACCUGCGAUGAGUACACCUAUAGGGUGAGCGGGGCCAAAGAAAGGGAACAGAAAGCUCAAGAAGAGGCCAGCGUCGCAGCAAUCAGCAAGCUCAGCAAGAAAUGCCCUGGGCCCGACUGUGCUUUCAACAUCGAGAAGAACGCAGGUUGCGACCAUAUGACAUGUUCACGAUGCAGGUACGAGUUCUGCUGGGAGUGCUUGGCAGACUAUCAAAGGAUCCGAACGAAGGGGAACGCCGCCCAUGAGAAGACUUGCAAGUAUCAC